AUGUUUGUUUGGGUCGACAAAGGUGUUACUACUAUUCAAAUAUUCAAAAAUAAAAAUCAGUCGAAGACCUACUUUGCGAAAAUUACAUUUAUUUCCAGGUUAUGCUUUUUACGUUUGAUAAUUUGUUUCGAUUUCAGAUCUAUCUAUCUAUCUAUCUAUCUAUCUAUCUAUCUAUCUAUCUAUCUAUCUGAUUUAUCCGUCCUUUUAUCACUAAUUUCAUUUUGGUCUCAUCUAUCUAUCUAUCUAUCUAUCUAUCUAUCUAUCUAUCUAUCUAUCUAUCUAUCUAUCCCAAUUUCGUCAUUAAAUAACGUUGAUAUGCUGCUAAAUAAAACAACCAACCAACCAACCAAUCUAUCUAUCUAUCUAUCUAUCUAUCUAUCUAUCUAUCUAUCUAUCUCAGACUGCCCACCUCCGCUUGUUGCUGGAUUUCAAUCCCACGGUGACGAUCUGUCACAGGGAAGUUAUACCUCCUCCCAAAACUCUUCACACCUUGCUCCCGCACUGUUGAUAUCUUUUCACCUGCGAUGGAAAACACUUCAUGAAGCGGUACUCUGGCAUCAGACCUCUCAAGAUCACCUCCAUCGCCAUCACAAACAGUACUGGAGAGAUGGCACAUCCCAUAGCAAUACCCCUUUGCAGCUCCACAUACCUUGUAGUGUACUUCGUCGUCGAAAAACGCAGUAUGAACUGAUUGAAGUUCAUAGCCAGACAAUCCCUGUGUCUCUGCGUAAAGACCAACCGCAGAACACUCUCUUGCCCUCCGUACAACUCCUUGGACCUCCUUCCAAGUACGUGCUCAUAAGAUAUCUCUCCAGCUCCUCCCGCUCAACACUCAACACUCCGCUAGUCUUCUCCCUAAACAACUGCUUCGUGAAGCGGAACGGACUUUCCGUGAAUAACUUCCGGGCCUUGGCAGCCUUCUGUCUCUUUUUGGCAAGCCGUUCCGCUAUACUUACCUUACUAAUGCGCUUCCUUAUGUCCUCCAGGAUUGGCCUGAUUUCCUCUGCCCUCUGCUCAUCAGUCCGCAUUACUGCUCAUUACCUUCGCGUCUCUUUCUUCAAAGCCUGGAUGGUUCUCCGCCGCCGACUUACCUGCACUGGAGCUAAGGACUUAACUUUCACUUCCUUUAACCCAAACCUGGUGACCCCAUAG